AUGGGACGUUGUUGCAAGUGUUGUAAAAGUCUUUGCAAAGACUUUAAAGAAUUUGCCAUGCGUGGUAGUGUGAUUGAUAUGGCCAUUGGCCUUGUUAUUGGUAAAGCAUUUAGCGAUGUUGUUCAAUCACUGGUUAAUGAUAUUAUUUUACCUCCAUUUGGUUUAAUUUUUGGUGGUGUUGAUUUUAAUAAUUUAACAAUAAAAAUGCACAGUUUUGGACAUCCAAAUCAACCACCAGUUCUACUUCGUUAUGGUGCAUUUAUUCAACAUAUAAUCUAUUUAAUAAUCGUAUCAUUUGCAUUAUUCCUCAUAAUUGUAUUGGUUAGCAAGCUACGUAAAAAGGCAACUAAGGAAAAACAAGAAGAUCAAUAUGCUGAGUUGAAAGAAUUAAGUGAAGAAGCAAAAGUAUUACUAGAAAUUCGAGACUUAUUGGCAAGUAAAACAGAUAUUAAAUUGUAA